AUGACAGUGUUUGCUGGGAGUCUGUGUGUGCCUGGGGACCGGCCACGACUCCUGGACGGGCAGUGGGACACCAUGAGCCUCAGCGGGGAGCAGGUGCAGCAGUUCCUUGACCAGAACCCCAGUUUCACGGACCAGUACUUUGGGAAGAAGCUGAGCCCCGAGAAUGUGGCUGGCGCCCACGAGGACGGACAGCCAGUGGACUGUGCCAGUUUCCGCGAGCUGUGCCAGGUGGAGGAGAGCACGGCCCUCUUUGAGCUGGUGCAGGACAUGCAGGAGAGUGUGAACAUGGAGCGGGUGGUCUUCAAGAUCCUGCGACGCCUCUGCACCAUCCUGCAUGCCGACCGCUGCAGCCUCUUCAUGUACCGCCAGCGCAACGGCGUGGCUGAGCUCGCCACGCGCCUCUUCAGCGUGCAGCCCGGCAGCGUCCUAGAGGACUGCCUGGUGCCCCCCGACUCUGAGAUCGUCUUCCCACUGGACAUUGGGGUUGUGGGCCACGUGGCUCAGACCAAGAAGAUGGUGAACGUCAAGGACGUGACGGAGUGUCCCCACUUCAGCUCCUUUGCUGAUGAGUUGACCGAUUAUGUGACAAAGAACAUCCUGGCCACACCCAUCAUGAAUGGCAAAGACGUCGUGGCCGUCAUCAUGGCCGUGAACAAGCUCGACGGCCCGUGCUUCACAAGCGAAGAUGAAGAUGUUUUCCUGAAGUACCUGAAUUUUGGCACGUUGAACCUGAAGAUUUACCACCUGAGCUACCUGCACAACUGUGAGACACGCCGAGGCCAGGUGCUGCUGUGGUCAGCUAACAAGGUGUUUGAGGAGCUGACAGACAUCGAGAGGCAGUUCCACAAGGCCUUCUACACUGUGCGGGCCUAUCUAAACUGUGACCGGUACUCAGUGGGCCUCCUGGACAUGACCAAGGAGAAGGAAUUCUUUGAUGUGUGGCCUGUGCUGAUGGGAGAAGCUCAGCCGUACUCAGGCCCACGCACGCCCGAUGGCCGCAAAAGGGAAUGAACGUUAACACACACACUGUGCCAAAUCUACAUGCACGCAUCGGACAACCCAUCCACCAUCUGCCCCUCUGUUCUCUCCCCCAGCACACCCCCAGCCGAUCACUGGGCCCUGGCCAGUGGCCUUCCAACCUACGUGGCAGAAAGUGGCUUUAUCUGUAACAUUAUGAAUGCCCCCGCCGACGAAAUGUUCAAAUUUCAGGAAGGGCCUCUGGACGACUCAGGGUGGACCAUCAAGAAUGUCCUCUCCAUGCCCAUCGUCAACAAAAAGGAGGAGAUUGUGGGGGUCGCAACCUUCUACAACAGGAAAGACGGGAAGCCCUUUGACGAACAGGAUGAAGUCCUCAUGGAGUCCCUCACUCAGUUCCUGGGCUGGUCAGUGCUGAACACUGACACCUACGACAAGAUGAACAAGCUGGAGAACCGCAAGGACAUCGCACAGGACAUGGUUCUCUACCACGUGAGAUGCGACAAGGACGAGAUCCAGCUGGUCCUGCCAACAAGGGAACGCCUGGGGAAGGAGCCUGCUGACUGUGAGGAGGAUGAGCUGGGGACAAUCUUGAAGGAAGUGCUUCCGGGGCCCAACAAGUUCGACAUCUAUGAGUUCCACUUCUCUGAUCUGGAGUGCACAGAGCUGGAGCUGGUCAAAUGCGGCAUCCAGAUGUACUACGAGCUGGGCGUGGUCCGAAAGUUCCAGAUCCCUCAGGAGGUCCUGGUGCGGUUUCUGUUUUCCGUGAGCAAAGGGUACCGGAGAAUCACCUACCACAACUGGCGCCAUGGUUUCAAUGUGGCCCAGACCAUGUUCACUCUACUCAUGACCGGCAAACUCAAGAGCUACUACACAGACCUGGAGGCCUUCGCCAUGGUGACCGCUGGCCUGUGCCAUGACAUCGACCACCGUGGCACCAACAACCUGUACCAGAUGAAAUCCCAGAAUCCCUUAGCCAAGCUCCAUGGCUCCUCGAUUUUGGAACGGCAUCACCUGGAGUUCGGGAAGUUCCUGCUCUCAGAGGAGACCCUGAACAUCUACCAGAACCUGAACCGGCGGCAGCACGAGCACGUGAUCCACCUAAUGGACAUCGCCAUCAUCGCCACGGACCUGGCGCUCUACUUCAAGAAGAGGACGAUGUUCCAGAAGAUUGUGGAUGAGUCUAAGAACUAUGAGGACAGGAAGAGCUGGGUGGAGUACCUGUCCCUGGAGACUACUCGGAAGGAGAUAGUCAUGGCCAUGAUGAUGACGGCGUGCGACCUGUCUGCCAUCACCAAGCCCUGGGAAGUCCAGAGCAAGGUAGCUCUGUUGGUGGCAGCUGAGUUCUGGGAACAAGGUGACUUGGAAAGGACAGUUCUGGAUCAGCAGCCCAUUCCAAUGAUGGACCGGAACAAGGCAGCCGAGCUCCCCAAACUACAAGUUGGCUUCAUCGACUUUGUGUGCACAUUCGUGUACAAGGAGUUUUCCCGUUUCCACGAGGAGAUCCUGCCCAUGUUCGACCGACUACAGAACAACAGGAAGGAGUGGAAGGCUCUGGCUGAUGAGUACGAGGCCAAAGUGAAGGCCCUGGAGGAGGAGAAGCAGCAACAGGAGGAGAGGACAACAGUCAAGAAAGGGGGCACAGAGAUUUGCAAUGGCGGCCCCGCCCCCAAGUCUUCAACCUGCUGCAUCCUGUGA